GUUUGGUUCGACAACUAGAAAACAUGGAUCUCCCAAUGGACCCAGAGAUCCCUCAAAUUUGCCCCGUGAAACCAACAGCCACGCCGUUCACCGCGAACCGGCAACGAAAUGCCUCGUUGGAGCUAAGCUGACAUGAAGAAGAACGAAAAACCCACUUUUUCCCAUUUCAAAUCCUCACAUGGUUUCUCUUCCCAAUGCGCUCCCCAUUUCGUUCGAAUCGCAGAUACCCUCGUUGUCUAGUGAAACCCUUUCUCAAUGUCACUUCCCAAUCCCGUCUUUCACAAGCAACCAAUUCGCUCGAGCUCUUAACUAGAAAGGGUAUUCGUUUACCCUUUCAAACACUUGCUUCUCUCUUACAACAAUGCGCCAAAACCAAGUGUCUCAAAGAAGGCAAAUUCCUUCACCUUCAUUUAAAACUAACCGGAUUGAAAAAGCCCGGUACUUUUUUAUCCAAUCAUUUGAUCAACAUGUAUUCUAGUUGCGGCGAUUUAAUUGGCGCCCGCAAAGUGUUCGAUAAUAUGGGUGUUAGAAAUUUGUAUUCUUUUAAUAAUAUGUUGUCUGGGUAUGCGAAAUUAGGCAUGGUAAAGCCUGCGAGACAGUUGUUCGAUCAAAUGCCUGAAAGGGAUGUCGUUUCGUGGAACACGAUGGUUAUUGCUUAUGCACGAAGUGGGUUUUUUGAGGAAGCGACGAAGUUUUAUAAGGAGUUAAGGGGUUUGUGUAUUGGGUACAAUGAGUUCAGUUUUGCUGGUGUUUUGACUGUUUGUGUUAAGUCUAGAGAAUUGCAACUUACUAGGCAGGUUCAUAAUCAGGUUUUCGUUUCUGGGUUUUUGUCGAAUUUGGUGAUUUCGAGCUCUGUUGUUGAUGCUUAUGUGAAAUGUGGGAUGAUGGGGGAGGCUAGGAAGCUGUUUGAUGAGAUGAAAGUGAGAGAUAUUAUUGUUUGGACGACUUUGGUUUCGGGGUUUGCUCAAUGGGGAGAUAUGGAAUCAGCAAAUGAUUUGUUCGAUAAGAUGCCUGAGAAAAAUCCAGUUUCUUGGACGGCUUUGAUUUCGGGUUAUGUUAGAAAUGGUAUGGGGGAUACGGCACUUGAAUUGUUCACAAGGAUGAUGGUGUCUCGAGUUAGACCUGAUCAGUUUACCUUUAGUAAUUGCCUUUGUGCUUGUGCUAGUGUAGCUUCACUUACACAUGGUAAACAAAUACAUGCUUGUUUGAUUCGAACUAAUUUUAUGCCGAACACAAUAGUCAUCAGUUCUCUCAUCGAUAUGUACUCAAAAUGCGGCAACCUUAAAGUUAGCAAACUGAUUUUUUAUCUCACGAGUAAUAAGCAAGAUCCCGUGUUGUGGAACACAAUGAUUUCCGCAUUGGCACAGCAUGGACACGGUGAAGAGGCAAUGAAAAUGUUCGAUGACAUGGUAAAACAAGGAGUAAAGCCAGAUAGGACAACAUUUGUUGUUAUUAUCAACGCGUGUAGCCACUCUGGUCUUGUUGCCGAAGGGCUUAGGUAUUUCAAAUCCAUGUCUUCCGACCAUGACAUAGCACCUGAUCAACAGCAUUAUGCAUGUUUAAUCGAUCUCUUAGGUCGAGCCGGUCGAUUUGACAUGUUGAUGAACCAUCUUGAGAAUAUGCCAUGUAAUCCUGAUAAACGAGUUUGGAAUGCACUACUCGGCGUUUCAAGAAUCCACGGAAACAUAGAAUUGGGGAAAAAAGCAGCUGAACAACUCAUCGAGUUAGAGCCGCAAUCUUCAGCAGCAUAUGUAUUGCUCUCUAGUAUAUACGGCACACUCGGGAAAUGGGAAUCGGUUGAGAAGGUAAGACACCUUAUGAGUAAGAGACAAGUUAGGAAAGAAGUAGCUCUGAGUUGGAUAGAACUUGAAAAUAAAGUGCAUGCUUUCACUGUAUCAGAUAGUUUGCACCCAUUGAAAGAAGCAAUAUACUUAGCUUUGGACCAGUUAGCUGAUCAAAUGGAUGAAGAUGUUUCAUUGCUUGAAUUUGAAAAUAGAUGUUAGCCAUUUUCAUCUUUGCUGGAUUCGAUUUUUGUUUUUGUUGUAUCAUUUUUAUUUCCCUUCACCCUUCCGGUCUCAGGGGCAAUUUUAACUGUGUUUAGUUUCUGUAGAGUUGAAUCUUUCAAAUUCAUAUAUGAUCUUUGAGGUUUUGCUCCAAUAGUUUCAGACUUCGUUCACUGAAUUCAUAUAUUAUGCUUCCUUGUAGGCAGUUUGUUUCCAUUCAAGUGUUUUAUUGAAUAAAAAUUGGUGAAUUUUGAUGUGUU